CCCCGCACCAUGCCCGAGCCGCCGGCCGCGGCGCAGGACGGAGAGCGGCCCCGGCGGGCCCCGGCCGCGGAGGAGCGAGCGGAACCGGCGGCCCCCACCGGAGUGCUGGAUAAACUCUUCGGGAAGCGGCUGCUCCAGGCCGGGCGCUACAUCAUGUCCCACAAGGCCUGGAUGAAAACGGUGCCCACGGAGAACUGCGACGUGCUCAUGACAUUCCCGGACAGCACGGAUGACCACACGCUGCUGUGGCUGCUGAACCACAUCCGCCUGGGCAUCCCCGAGCUGAUCGUGCAGGUGCGGCACCACCGGCACACGCGCGUCUACGCCUUCUUCGUCACCGCCACCUACGAGAGUUUGCUGCGCGGGGCGGACGAGAUGGGGCUGCGGAAGCCGGUGAAGGCGGAGUUCGGGGGCGGCAUGCGCGGCUUCUCCUGCGAGGAGGAUUACAUCUACGAGAACAUCGAGAACGAGCUCGGCUUCUUCAGCUCCCAGGAGCGGCAGAGCAUCAUCCGCUACUGGCUGGAGAACCUGCGGGCCAAGCAGGGCGAGUCCCUGCACAACAUCCACUUCCUCGAGGGACAGCCCAUCAUCCCGGAGCUGGCGGCACGGGGGGUGAUCCAGCAGCUGUUCCCGCUGCACGAGCAGAGGAUCCUCAAGCGCCUGAUGAAGUCCUGGGUGCAGGCGGUGUGCGAGGCGCAGCCCCUCGAUGACAUCUGUGACUAUUUUGGGGUGAAGAUUGCCAUGUACUUCGCCUGGCUGGGCUUCUACACCUCGGCCAUGGUGUACCCGGCCGUGUUCGGCUCCAUCCUCUACACCUUCACCGACAGCGACCAGACCAGCCAGGACAUCUCCUGCGUGGUCUUCGCCAUCUUCAACGUCGUCUGGGCCACGCUGUUCCUGGAGGAGUGGAAGCGCCGCGGCGCCGAGUUCGCCUACAAGUGGGGGACGCUGGACACGCCCGCGGAGUCCCUGGAGGAGCCCCGGCCCCAGUUCCGGGGGGUGAAGCGGAUCAGCCCCGUGACCAGCGCCGAGGAGUUCUACUACCCGCCCUGGAAGCGCCUCCUGUUCCAGAGCCUCGUCAGCCUCCCCGUGUGCCUCGCCUGCCUCACCCUCGUCUUCCUCCUCAUGCUCGGCUGCUUCCAGCUCCAGGAGUUCGUGCUGAGCGUUCAGGAGCUGCCGCGCGUCCUUCGCUUCCUGCCCAAAAUCAUCCUGGCCGUCAUUGUCACCGCCUGUGACGAGCUCUACAAGAAAGUGGCCUUGUGGCUCAAUGACAUGGAGAAUUACCGGCUGCAGAGCGCCUACGAGAAACACCUGAUCAUCAAAAUCGUCCUGUUCCAGUUCGUCAAUUCCUACCUGAGCCUUUUCUACAUCGGAUUCUACCUCAAGGACAUGGAGCGCCUCAAGGAGAUGCUGGCCACGCUGCUGAUCACGCGGCAGUUCCUGCAGAACGUGCGGGAGGUGUCGCAGCCCCACCUGUACCGGCGCCUCCGCCGCGGCGACCUCAGCGUGCGCGGCCUGCGGCAGCUCGCCCACGCGCUGCUCUGCCUGCUCGCCCCGCGGCGACCCCCGCGGGCCCCCCCGGAGGGGCCGCGCGGCGAGAAGAAAUGUCUGAACGGGGGCUGCGGGGUGCCCGAGGAGGAGGAGGAGGAGGAGGAAGAGCGGCGCGGCUCGGACUCGGAGGAGGAGAGCGCGCUGGACUGCGGGCUGAAGCUGAAGAAGGUGAGCUUCAUCGAGCGUGGCGAGCGGCGGGCGGAGCCCGCUGGCCCCGAGGACGAGCCCUUCCUGGAGGAGGGCAGCCCCACCAUGGUGGAGAAGGGCAUGGACCCCGCGGCCGUGUUCGAGCUGUGCGAGGAGGAGGAGGAGGCCGAAGCGCAGCCCGGCAGCCCCGGCAGGGCGGCGGAGCCGGCGGUGCUGGCGAGGAGGAGGAGGAGGGAGGAGGAGGAGGGCGAGGAGGAAGGGAGGAAGCGCAACCGCGCCUCGUGGAUUGACCCCCCCGAGGAGGAUUACUCCACGCAGCUGACGCAGGCCGAGGUGGAGAGCUGCAUGAAGAAGUACGAGGACACCUUCCAGGACUACCAGGAGAUGUUCAUCCAGUUUGGCUACGUGGUGCUCUUCUCCUCGGCCUUCCCGCUGGCGGCCGCCUGCGCCCUGCUCAACAACGUCAUCGAGAUCCGCAGCGACGCCUUCAAGCUCUGCACGGGGCUGCAGAGACCCUUCGGCCAGCGCGUGCCCAGCAUCGGCCACUGGCAGAAGGUGAUGGAGGCCAUGGGCGUGCUGGCCAUCGUGGUGAACUGCUACCUGCUGGCGCAGUGCGGGCAGCUGCGCCGCCUCUGCCCCUGGCUCAGCCCCGAGGGCGCCAUCGUCUCCGUCGUGGUGCUGGAGCACUUCGCCCUGCUCCUCAAGUACGUCAUCCAGGUGGCCAUUCCCGACAUCCCCGCCUGGGUGGCCGAGGAGAUGGCCAAGCUGGAAUACCAGCGCCGCGAGGCCUUCAAGAAGCACGAGCGGCAGGCCCAGCACCACUUCCAGCAGCAGCAGCGCCGCAAGCGCGAGGAGGAGGAGCGGCAGCGCCACGCCGAGCUCCAGGCGCGCCGCGAGCGCGACCCCGGCCGCGACGAGGCCACCAAGGCCGAGGCCACCGGGCAGGACCCGGCGCACGACAAGGGCCCGGCCAAAGGGAAAAGCUCCGGCGGCUCCUCCGCGCACGGCCCCGACAAACCCAAGCGGCCCAGCUCGCUGCUGGCCACCAACAACGUGAUGAAGCUGAAGCAGAUCAUCCCCCUGCAGGGCAAGUUCCUGUCCGGGGGCGCCGCCGCGGCCGGCACCGCCGCCGCCAGGUCGCCGCAGUCGCCGACGGGCAGCGAGAACAAACUGCCGGGGUUCCUGAGCUUCAAAUUCCUCAAAUCGCCCGAGACUAAGCGGGACGCGGGCACCGAGAAGGUGCAGUCGCCCACCAAGCCCUUCAACCCCGGCAAGCUCUUCAAUUUCGGCAAGUCCGAAGGGCUCGGGGCCAACGGGGGCGCGGCCGGCGCGUCCCCGCAGCCCCGGGCGGGGCCCUCGGCGGACGCGGGGCCCGGGAAGUCGCAUCUCAACGAGGAAGGGGCGCGGGAGGAAGCGGAGAACAGGGCGGAGGAGGAGGGCGGCGGUGCCCGGCUCUGA